CUAUGCGUUCAGUUUUAAAUGACAACGGUUUAUUCAGUGUUCAUGAGUCUGACAGCCGAGAAGCUGUUGUUCAUGUGUUGGGAGGUUCUGGUCUGAAUGUACAGUAGCUUUCUUCCUGAGGACAGAGGGUUGAUCAGGCUGUGUCCAGGCUGAGGAGGGUCAGCUGUCAUCCGACCUACACACACCUAAGUCAUGGAGAUGUACAUGUCCUGGUAGAAUGGGCGGUGACACUGAUCACCUUCUGAGCAGUGCGCACAGUGCGCUGCAAUCUGUGCCUGCACAAGCAUGUCAUGCUGUGAUGUUGGAGGUGAGGUUACUGCACCAAUAUCUUGAUUGGCAGCCUGAGUUUCCUCAACUCCCACUUGAGGUCCGGGGUGACGGUGGUGGCUGGGAAGUGGAAGGAGUCCAUGAUAGAGAUGGCUCAGGGGUACUAUGGGCUGCGAAACCUCCAAUGAAACUCCAAAUGAACUCUUUUGUUUUCUAAUUUACUAGUAUUUUUAUUUUGCAAUUUCGCAUUUCAUUCGAAAUAAUCAGGAUAGAUAAAUAAUUUUCAAAAAUGUUCUUAGGCUUGUGGGUUUUUUUUAUUUUUUAUUGUCAAUCUCAAGAUGCCUGUAGUGUACUACAUUUCAAUGGUAAUUUGUGAACUGGCCCUCAAAUAUUUGUUUUGGAGUAAAUAUUUCAUGAUGUCCACGUGAAAUUCCUUGUGUGCAUUUUCUAAUUGCUCAGUACGAUUAAAGUAUAUUUAGUACUUUUAGUAAAGACAGUAAACACAAAAAACAAGCACAAAGCAGGUAACACUGACAUCCAGCGGAAAUAGUGAGUAUGUGCACAUCUCAAACGUACUCCGUGUAGGCGUCAUAAUACAAUAACGUAACUCGUAAUAAAUUAAGCAUUUUUUGAAAACAACAACAACAAUGCCAAUACCACUACUGAUGAUGAUUUGAAUCUACCAAUUUAUCUUUAAAUAGGGAAGUUGUCGAGAAGAAAACACAACAAAGCGAUGCCAUAAGCCGGAAAUGAACGACAACUCCCGGCAUGCACCUGCCGCUGACCAGAUGACAAGGCCGCAGCUGGGCGCCAGGGAACCCGGGAAGCCAAAAGAGCAACCAGCAUGAUCAAUUGUCCUCGUUCAUGAAAUUACAGGUGGAUCACGCUUGACAGUCCACUCGACAUGGCCACCCAACCAGAUGUGGCGCGUAUCGGCAGAAAACUUGACAAAAUGGUCCACAAGAACAACACGGAUGGUGCUUUGGAACUGCUGAGCGAAUUGAAGAGCAUGACAAUGUCUCUGGAAACUCUGCAGUCCACCAGAGUUGGAAUGUCGGUGAAUGCUGUGAGGAAAAUAAGUUCAGAUCAGGAAGUACAGAAUCUGGCCAAAGUCCUCAUCAAGUCCUGGAAGAAAUUAAUAGAUGGCUCUAAGGGUAAGUCAGAAAAAAAGGAGAAGAAUGACACUUCUCCGGUGAGGACAUCUUCCACAUCCAAGGAGUUGUGCAACAGCGAGAAAAGCAGCAAGAUUGUUUCUCUGCCCUCUUCGGUUACAUCCUUCCCAGCCAUUCCCCUCACCACUGACAUUGUUCGGAAUAAAUGUCGAGAGUUGCUGGUGGCAGCGCUGCAAACUGCUGAUGACUACAAGACCUUUGGAGUCGACUGUAGCCUCCUUGCGGCACAAAUUGAGGACCAGAUCUUUGAGAAUUUCAAGUCGACGGACAUAAAGUACAAAGCGCGUCUACGGAGUCGAAUCUCCAACCUGAAGGACCAGAAGAACCCGGACUUGCGGCGGAAUGUCCUGUGUGGGAACAUCUCCGCUCAGCGCAUCGCCUCCAUGACUUCUGAGGAGAUGGCGAGUGCAGAGCUGAAGAAGAUCAGAGAAACUCUGACCAAAGAGUCCAUUCGAGAGCAUCAGCUGUCCAAAGUGGGCGGGAGCAAGACUGACAUGUUUGUGUGCAAAAAGUGUCAGGGGAGGGACUGCACGUACACACAGGUGCAAACUCGCAGUGCUGACGAGCCAAUGACCACCUUCGUAUUGUGUAACGAAUGUGGCAACCGAUGGAAGUUCUUCUGAGGAGUGCUGUUUUACUGUGACACCAUGAUGUAAAAACAACCAGCUGAAUUUUGGUUUGAAGGUUAGCUUUUUUUUGUAACAUUUGUAAAAAAAAAAAAAAAAAAACAUGUACAAAUAUGCACAAUAUAUUUAUUUAAGAAAGUAAUGAUGGAGGAAAACUGACAAAUUUGUAUCUGUUGGUGUUAUUUUGAAAAAAUAUUAAGUAGCACAAUGAUGAACAUAACAUUUCCUCCAGGUGUUAAGCUAUGAGGGCUUUGUGGACUGAAUAUGUGUUCUUGUUUUGCAAACAAUGUUGUGCCUAAUAAAGUUGCUCUUGAAUCAUUGCAAAGUCUUGGUGCUGAUACAGUGAUCAGUAAAUUCUUUUUUUAUUUUUACUUUUGGCAUCUGCCGGCAUCAUUUUUUAGUUCAAAAUUACUACAUUGACUAGUGGAUGACACCUAUUUGUUGUGGAAACUCGGCUCAGCUUCUUUCCAUACAUGAACAUGGGGAAGAGGAUGGUACUUGGGUCCUGUGUGAUGAUGUGAGGAAUCUCGGAACAAAACACUGUGUGGUCAAACGGUCUGGAUGGAACCCAGCAAACUGGUUGGGAGAAAAAGUUAUCAGGAAAGUGGCUGCGUUGAAGUGCUUUCGUGUUCCGUAUAAUAAAAAUAUAAAUAUAAAAUAGUUUGAGUGAAAUGUUAUUCAUAUAAGUAUUCUUGUUGAAUACUCUUAUUCAUUCGGUU